AUGGGGCACAGCCGGGCACAGCCCAAAAAGGGGACAUGGGCCCAUCCUCGAACUUGCUCGAGCUUUAGACUAACACUGUGUUGCAUCAUUGAUUGUUUUAUCCAUUUGCUUUUUGCUCUCUCCUUUCUUCUGUCACCCUCACAGAACCAGCUCUCAGGUAACCUGCUAAGGAAGUUUAAGAACAGCAAUGGCUGGCAGAAACUCUGGGUAGUUUUCACCAACUUCAGUCUGUUUUUCUACAAGUCACACCAGGAUGACUACCCUCUGGCGAGCCUUCCUCUGCUGGGCUACUCUGUCACCGUCCCAUCGGAGUCAGAAAACAUCCACAAGGACUACGUCUUCAAACUCCACUUCAAGUCUCACGUCUACUACUUCAGAUCAGAGAGCGAGUACACCUUUGAGAGGUGGGUGUACAGUAAUAGAGGCAAAUAGAGAAAUGCAAUUAGUUACAACGUGCUUUAACUUAAACCAUCCUUUUAUUUUUUUAAUCCGACUCUCUGAAGCUACAUCCAUCUUUUACAACGUUUGAUAAAUUCCUUAAAUCUUUUUAAUGUCCAGAACGACUCCACAGCUUGAUGCUGACUUUUUAAAUUGUCACCGUUUUUACGGUAAAAUAGAAAAUAAAGCAAAAUAUGCCUUAGGAUGUGGCUAAGCUGUGAGUGGCAACUCAUAUGGGUAUGCAGUGGUCUCAGGCGUCAUCUAAAGCCUGGAAAAUUAAAAUGAAAUUUUUUUUUUUAGGAAUAUUUGGAAAUGCAUUUACUUUAUGUGUUCAUACACUGCAUAUCAUGUUACAAAUA